GACAGGGACUGCUACAGCGACAAAUAAUGCUGUCAAAGUACACGCUUGCCAAGGAAUUGAGCCAGCAAGCCAGCCAGCCAGGCAACCAGGCAACCAGUGAGUCCGUCAGCAACUCAGUCAGCUGCUUGCCCUCGGAGCAGUGAAAUACGCAACACGUGUCAGGAGCAACAGGACGACAGUAAAAUAAUUUUAAGUCAAACAGUGAAGACUGUUAAUCUCGCUUCUUGGAGGAGUUAAACAAAUUCGCAGCUCAGCACAACAGCCAUUGUGCAAAGCCCAAUAUCUGCAGCAGACGUAUUAACGUUUUCUUUCAGCCAAGAGCCCUGGUUGUAUUAAAGUUACCAAGCUGCGGCCACGGGGGGCAGCGAUAUUUGAAUUAACGUCUACUGCGAGCGUCAACACCAUAACGGUCUCUCCGCAAAAUAUGAUAACAAGACUCUACAACACCGAGGAGGAUCCCGUCUAUUGCUCAUUCGUCUGGGGGGCAAACGUAAGCAACGGCAGGAGCCAUGCCGCCAACUCGAGCGCCUUGUAUCCUGACGACAUGCGGGAUGACUGGUUUGCGGAUGCCGAGGAUCCGCGCACCGAAUUGCUGCGCCAAUACUGCUACGGAUACUUUUUGCCCUUCAUUUGCGCCUCCGGUAUCAUUGGCAAUGUUCUCAACCUAAUUGUUCUUACCCGCCGCAAUAUGCGGGGUCCGUCCUACAUUUACAUGCGAGCCUACUCCACAGCCGCACUGCUUGCCAUUGUCUUCGCAAUACCAUUUGGCAUACGCAUGCUGGUGCACAAGGAUCGCGGACAGUGGGAGGAAAUCGGGCCGGCAUUCUACACCGCACAUCUGGAGCUUUUCCUUGGCAAUGGAUGUUUGGGUGUCGGUGUUAUGAUGCUCUUGGUGCUUACCAUUGAGCGCUAUGUCUCCGUUUGCCGCCCAGGAGCCACGCGGCCUGCUAUAGGUCAACCUGGUGUUGUUAUAUUUAUUAUUUGUGUCCUCACCUUCAUCUUCUACUUGCCGAGUAUUUUUCGAGGUGAGCUAAUCAAGUGCAUGCUGACUUCGAAGAAUGUUUACGUGUACUUGCGUCGGGAUAACAUCAUCUAUCAGCAAACCCUCUUUUACUCGGUGUACAAGGUCUUGGUGGAGAUUAUCUUUAAGAUCAUCCCCACGUUCAUAAUUGCCGGUCUCAACUUGCGUAUUAUGUGGGUCUAUCGUCGCACCUGCGCCCGGCGUCGCCAAAUGGUUCUGACCCGAGCCAUUUAUGCGAAGAACGAAGAUCCACGCAAGUUUGCAGAGGAGCGGCGACUCUUUUUGCUGCUCGGAAGCACCUCGAUCCUGUUUUUGCUUUGCAUUUCACCAAUGGCAAUCCUUCACAUGACGAUCGCCUCGGAAGUGUUGCCCAGCUUCCCGUUUCAGGUUUUCCGGGCCCUUGCCAAUCUAUUGGAACUCAUCAACUACUCGAUCACUUUCUAUAUAUAUUGUUUGUUUAGCGAGGACUUUCGCAACACUUUGUUGCGCACCUUCAACUGGCCGUGGGUAAAGAGCAAGUUGUUCCGCCGUCAGGUGGAUGAGGUGAGUGCUAGUCCGCCAGCAACGGCCACCGCUGCUGUUUGUAAUCCAGUUUGCCCCACCAUCCACAUAGAGCACUCAAAUCACCCGGAACAUGCCAAUGGUCCAUUUCGCAAAGGUCAAUAUGCGUAAACAUCAUAUCACCACCACCACAUCCGGCAUUGGACGUUCCAACAGCGUAAAUUGCCGGUGUUCAUCCCCUGUUUCGCCAACGCGCUUCUUUGACCCAGUCUAAGGGCCCUAUCAUCCAAGAUGCUGGGGGUGUUCCAAUGGUCUAUUCCGUUAUCAUCAUAUCACCAACAAUACCAUCUAACAUUGGACGCCCAUCUUCGACCCAAACUAAUGCUCCCCUGCAUACCCAACUGUCAUCCAAACACUUAAUGAUUACAAAUGUAUUCGACGCGUUUGCCCCACAUUUAACACAAUUCCCGCUACUGUCCACCAAAUACUACCUACCCGAAUGCCAAAGUCUUGCGCAUUUUACCACAUACACAUAUAGAGUUAUUCGCCUUGUUUGUCCUAACUUCAAAACAAUUCCCGCAUUAUAAUUAAUUAUAAUACCUAACAGAAAUACACCAAAUACCAUACGAACAGAAAAACUGACAAAAUUACAUACAGAGUCUUACUUUAUAUCGCUUUUCGCUCCAAAUUCCAGUUGUUUUCAAGUACUUCAUUACCAACACAAAAAAAUGUACUCCAGAGCAAGCAAUCAUUUCAAAAUUAUUUUCCCAAAUUGAAAAAGUGGUUAAAUCACAAGUACAUCACAUCGAUCAUUGUACAUUUAUUUUUCAGAGUGCAUACAGUCAACAUCGCCUUCUCAAAUUCACAAGAAACUUUAGUUAAUGAGAAGAUUCAUCGCAGUUGACUCUGCAAUAUACAUGAGUGUUUACCACAAAGAGUUAUUAUUUGUUGUUUUUUAAUGGCAGAGAUUUGAAUGGAUGUAAUUCAAUUUAACUAAUUGCAUAUUUUUUGAUGGUUAAUGAUUUUUUAUAGAGAUGUAAAAACACGAUGUGUGCACAUUCAUACAGAUGUGGUUUGUUUUCUAAAAUGUACAAAUAAUUUAUAAUAUUUGAUUUGAUAUUUGGGAUUCAAUAUUCAUUACAGGUUUAAUGAUUGAAAACAAAAGAAUUUAAAUAUUGGUCGCUUGAUGAGCUAAGGCUGUCCGACUUUGGUCCUUUAAGGACUAAAAGCAAUCGGAUGGGAUAUUCUUAGUGCGAUGUAAGACGAAUGAACUGAUGAAAUGACAUGAGCUUAAAGCAGAUAAAGAAAAGACAAACAGAAGACAGAAGACGGCAGACGGCAGAGAAUUUCAAGUGAGGUAAACAGACGAUUAAUGACGAUAAAGAUUGAUAAAUGAUUGAUAAACCACCAAGCGUGAAGUCAGAGAAAGGAGUUACUAGAGAGCCAAAGAUUACAUAAUCUAAAAUACAGAAACAAGCAAGGAGCCAUGUAGGCAGUUCUAAGAUAUCGUACAUACGAUGUUUGAGGUGUCUGAGGUGAUACAUAAAGUAGUUCACGAGUAAAAGCUUAGCCUAAAAGGCAGCAUAAGCUGGAAAGAAAUUAUUCAUUAGUCAAGUGUCUAAAAUAUUAAUCAUGGAUUUGUAUUAAUAAGUUAGGUAUAAUUUUAAAUCAAUUUAUACAUUUAUUUACUUUAUGGCCAUAAAAAACUUUUGUUUGUUCUCUUGUAUACUUAUAUCAAUAUCAUCAAAAAUCCAUAAAACCAACAACGAUAAAAAAAAUCAAGAUUCAUGAAUCAUAUUUAUGUAAGCCGGUAUAUUUGAAUUUAUACAACUAAAUAUAUUUAUAUAUAUAUGUAUUUAUAUCUAUUGAAUGUAGAACUUAAGUGCGUGCAAGUUCUGAUUUUUAACUUUUGUGACACAAGGAUAAUUUUCGUAAGACGAAGAAAAAAUUGUUAAAUUAAUUAUAAUAUGUUAAUUGUAUAACAUUAAGUUACAUUUAUGUCUAGUUGAUAAAAAUCAAUUUAUUAUAAAACGAAAUCGAUGAGAAUACUUUCUGCAAUUCUGAACUGUCCUGGCCUAGUCCAUGUUUAUUAAGUUAUCAACUAUUUUAAUUAGUUAGUCGAAGAUAAUGUAAGCUAAAAAUCCAAAAAAUCCAAAAAAUUCCCAAAAACUUGCAGCACGUGAAAAUGUCUCAAAAAUAAUGUGUGUACCUAGAAAAAAAAAAUACAAAAAAAAUAACUGUGCUAAAUGUUGUUUACCUACCAAAUAGCGCAUAUGUGAAAAUGAAACUAAAAACUACAAAAUAUGCUUCUUUACAAAAAAUAUACAUGUUUAACAUACUCAACAAGAGAUAAGAAUAACAAAAAUGAUAUCAUGAGGCGAAAGUACCAGCUAAUAAAUUUUUUUUGUGUGUUCUGCAGAGCACAGCUCAAAUAUAAGACGCAUAGAAGAGAGCAGAAGAGCGUAGAAGAAACUAGAAGAGUUAAGUACGACCGGACUAAUACUUACUAUAUACUAUAUACACAUCAAUAUACAAUUACAUACUUACAUAAAUUCAACUUGAAAUACAUACAGUAUAGCCAUAUACAAAUGCUGCAAAGAACAAAAAGAAUAUUCAUUUCUAUUUUUCCACAUUUUUCCUCUAUGGUUUCUCCAGAGUGUUUAUUACUGUCCUCUUUUCGCUAUUUUUAACAUAAUCCUCUACUUUAUUCGAUCAUCCCAACCCAUAAUUCGUGCAUCCUUUUACUUGUGCUUUAUGGGUCUAUCGAUGGUGGGAUCGUUCAUUUAAGGCUUUGGCUUUGUUAUAUACAAAUUACUUUUCCGGUGUAUUUGGAACAAAUUAUAUCAGCUUUACUCAAAAUCAAAGAAAAAAUAAUAAAUAAAAAUUCGAAAUCAGAUCUUAUAUUUGCAUAAGAUCAAAUAACUACGAUUAUAGAAAAAAUAGCAAUGACAUCGGAAAGCAUAUUGUCUGCGUGGAACCAUUGAAGAGGAAUAUAGAAGAAUUUAUAUACAUAUUUUUUGAUUUCUUGUGCAUUUGUAUAUGAAUUUAAAUUGUGGCUCAAUGUCAGUUGUAACGUCAAGCAAUUAAGACAGACACGAAAGCAAAAAAAGCACAAAUAUACUUACCAUAGCAAUAAAUAUACCUACCAUUCAGUAGAAUGCCAUCCUUAUAAGUGUCCAUGGAAUGCAAAAUAGCAUACUCAACGUACUAAAAUAUUCAGUAAAUGUAAAAGUAGUUUAAAGAAAAGAGAAAACACACUUAAACUCAAGAAAACGAAAACCACAGAUCACAAUAUACAAGUCACAAUACACAAUCCACAAUAUACAAGUCACA